AUGCAACUUCAAAACACUCCAACCCCUUCACAGUCUGAUGAGUUCGAUCAGGUGCAAGGAAUACAGUGGACUGCCAGUAUGCUAGCAGAAGUGGAUGUUAUAGAAGCUGCUUCUGCUACUGGGCAGCUACCACGAAAACGACCGCUGUCACCCACAAAAAAUGCUCCAGAAUUUGCGCGAAUUCUUGCAGAAAAACGCAAGACCGAAGCCGAAGAGGCGACGCUGCUAUCUUCCAACGCUUUGUUGUCUUCAACUGUACCAUCUACACCACUUCAAUCUCCACUGGUUCCAGAUCUUCCCCCAAUGACUUCAAUAUCGCAGCUACCCUCUCCUUUGGUCCCUUGGCGCCCAACGUCGACGCCACAGUUACAGUCUCCUUUUGAACCCUUUCACCAUAAUUUCUUGCCUAUGGCUGGCGUACCACCACCAGCCGGAUUCUCUGCUACGUCGCAUAUGCCACUACACCCCCACCCAGGUAUAUACCUUCAUCCACCGCCUCCACCUACGUCCUCUACCAUAGAGAAGACUGAAGCUCGGUCGACUCCAGUGCCUCAAGCCUCUCCAGGUGCACCACCUCCAGCCGGAGUCUCUACGUCGCACCUCCAUCCAGGGAUACUCCUUCAUCCACCACAGCCUUCCUCUUCUCAUAUACUGCCAUCUCAGCCUCCAUCCGCUUCUUCGUCUGCUCCUACCAUCGAGAAGACUGAAGCACAACCGACCCCGAUGCUUCAAGGUGACGACGACAGCUCAACAACAUUACCUGAAGCAAGUGCAGGUCCGGGCCGUGCUUCUAACGCAGAGCAUGUCGUUUAUCAGCGCAUUUGUGCUGAACUGGACUGCGUACUCAAGAAUGGAAGUCAGGAGCUUGGCCAAGAUCCUGAAGUCAUCCUCGGCCGCUACUGUAUUGACAGUAGCGUUGGGAAAUCUAAAGGGUUCAAUUCAUGGAAUGCAUUUCAGCUGGCCCUGAAUGAGGAAGAGACGUUGGUUGAGAUUGCGGCACUGUUAGAACCCCAUGGUGGACUUGGAUGGAGUUCAUCAUCGCAGCCGGACAGUGAGAUGGUCCUGGACGCAUAUGUUCGUUUCAAACGCCUUACAGGCUGGGAUAAGAUCCUUCGAGAUAUGUGCUCGAUGAGUGAGGUUGUUGUUGGUCACAGCGUCCGCUCUCGACGGAAGAAUUUUGAUAAAAUUUUCGACCAAGUGUCAGCAUUGCUUAAUCGUGGUCAUAAUCGCUAUUCAUUUAGCGGCAUAGUUCUGAUGGUCGGCAACAAUGUUAACGAGGACCAGUCACUCGCUCGGGCGUAUGCCACUCCCCGGCUAUCACAGUUCGCAGAGUCCUGUUGUAUGGCAGACUCUAUGAAUUCCCUUUUGGGACAUGCACGAUCGCUCGCCUACUAUGCAACACAUCGCGAGGUCGUCAAGGAUGAAGCCCUGUCUACCUUGCAGCGGCUUGGAUACAACAUCCCAGACGAAACGUUGGCGACAUUCCUUGCGCCAUUGCCGGAAGCUGCUGUUGCUAACACCACUACCACCGCGUCCUUCCGGCCACAACUGCCAAGUCCUCAAGCAACAUCGUCGCAAUCCAGCGACACGGAACUCACAAACACAGCAAGAAAGGCAGUUCUUGCACGUGCAUCUGAGUGUGAAUUGUCGCUACCUAAGCUACACUGGAAGAAGCUAAAUGAAUAUCUGUUACCACGGGGCUACCAGGUCGUCAACUAUCCAGCUGGCGUCACCCUUCCCUGGGACAUACCUGCUCCCCUUGCGAGCAAAGGUAUCGGUGCCCAUAAGCGAGUCGAGAAGUUACUGCUAAUCUCGGCUUGUGAUAUGGCUAGUGGUCACCGUCUUACGUUUGUCAAAACAGACGCUUCGGACCUCAUGAACGACAAGGUGCCGUUCGUGUCCUUUUCACCCGAUGCUGAUGGUAAGGUCAGCUUUGUCUAUGCUUCGGCUUUGGAAAGAGGGAAGCUGCCGACAAGGUCUAGAAAGAAGGGGAAGGGGAAGGGGAAGGAGAAGGAGACGACAUUUGCCGCUGAGGAUGAUUUGUAUGAAGAAGACACUGACAGCAAGGACGAGCUCGAGGAGGAGACACCAACUGCACGUCCCGCUCGAGUCACCCGUGCAAAAUCUCAACCACCCCAGGCGACUGCUCCCUUCAAGGCUCCAUCAAAAUCAUCUCGCGUAAAGCUUCAACCCCCCAUUGAAACUAUUAGUUCUAUCCAAUCCUCCCGUGCCAAGUCUCAGCCCCCCGCUAAGGUUUCCCCUGCUGUCCAACCGAAACCGACUACAAAGCCCCCUUCUGCACUUCCACCCUCCGCCUCCCACUCUUCAGCUAUCAAGAGAGUCACAUGGAAUCUCGACAACGCACAAGAUCGUGAAGACCAUGCCGCAGACUCUGCAUCUACAGCUGGUCAACACGGAUCUGGUUUUACAUUUGAGGAUGGUAUUUCCAGGCUGAAGAAUACUGGAACGGAGAAGGCACCCCCUAUCUCAAUGCAGGACUUCAUUGGGGGGGCAAGAGUUCCGAAGCGUUCAUCGUCUUCCCCCCCACCUGUUGAAGAUCGUGGACAAGAUCCACGUGCGCAGAAGAAGCCACGACAAGGUUCCUACUCGCUCCCAGAAUUCCCUGCAUUCAGUGCAGGAACCGUCGCUUCCUCUACAGCUACUGCCCCCGUAAAACACGCCACUCCAGCUGUACAACAAGCUGCCCCAAUGUUGCACGCUCCAGCAGCUAACGCCGCCGUACAACCGGCUGCCCCUUUGCAGGCCACUCCAACAACAGCAGCACCACCUGGCCCAUACUGGCAGACUCCCCCCCCCAUGCACCGCUUCAGUGGCCAUCUGGAACUGUUCCGGGACACCCUGGAUAUCCAUCCAAUGUGGCACCGUUUGCCGCCCCCACGCCAACCUCACAGCAACCUGGAUAUCCAUCGUUCGCCCCCCCCAUGCCUACCGCACAGCGACCAGCCAUGUCCCAGGAACAGUUUCAGCAAUUUCUUGCGCUUGCGGCGUCUCUCUAUCAACCUCAACCUGGUAAUAUACCUGGUGCGAGUGGCUAUUCUAUGCGGGGGCAGGAUGCUGCUCCAAAGUAGGUUCGUUACACUCCAUACCACUGCAUUCGUACGAUUACCUGUGCUCUCCAGUUGA